CGAGCUGAUUUUGUAGCCCAUAAUGUAAAUUAUGGGCGACAAAAAUCAUUGUUGUUGCCCAAAUUCAUAUUUGGGCGACGAGAUAAGUUUUGGGUUGCCCGUUAUCUUGAUUAGGCGACGAAACUAUAUAUUUCAUUGCCCUUGUAUAAUAAGUGGCCCAAUUCAAAUUAUGUCUCGUUGCACAAACCAAAUAAAAAAAUAGAUGAAAAGAAACCCACUCUAAUAUUUUCCCCCGAAAUCACGUAUUUCACUCCUUCGAGACUCCAACUGCUCACUUGUCAAAAAAAAAAAUAAUUCAACUGCUCAUCUCCUCCUCAACUGACACCCUCUCCGGUCCGCCGUAACACUCGCACGUCUCCUGCGAAUCUGCUGAUGUCCGACGACUUCUCCGGCACUUCCUGUCGCCGGCAAAUCUGCUGUUGUCCGUCGACUUCAUUCUCGUUCCGAUUUCACUGUUGUCCGACGAAUAUCCCUUUCCCUCUCGUUUCUUUGCGGCGAAGCAGAACCACCGGUGCUCCCUCUCCUCUCGUUUACUGGUUUCCAGUGUUGUCUGUGGUCGACGAAGAUGUUGAACAAGGAAAACCCAAAGUUGAAGAUAACAAUUAUACAUCCAGAUCUUGGUAUAGGUAAUUUUCUACUCCAUUUUUUUUCUGGUAAAAUUUUAAUUUUGUGGAUGAUUAUAUGAUUUUGUGGAUGAUUUGGUUGAAUUAUUGUAGAUCAAAGUGUCAAAUAUGUUGUUAGCAAUAUCUUCACUGAGAAAAAUGCCGAAUUCUUGCCUAUUUUGAUUGUUUACGCAAUAAUGAUGGAUUUAGAUGUGAGUUUUGGCCGAUUAAUGGUGGAAGUAAUUGAAUUUCAGCGAACCGUGUGUUUCGAUUUAGUUCUUUUGUGAUAAUCAUUCACGUAGUUUAUUAACACUAUGUGAGUUUGUUACUCAUUUCAGAAGUAUGAAACAACAUAUAAUUCAAAAGACAAAAUGAUUUUACUCCUUCCGUAUAAUAAGCAACAGCAUGACAACAUGAGAAAAUGCAGGAUAUUAUGUGCUUAAACAGCAAACUGUAAGGAGAACAUUAAUCUGGGAAUUUGGGUUGUUGCAUUAUCUGUUCCAACCAACAUUACAGCAUUAUAGGGGUUUCAUUAUUGCGUUGUUGAUACCUUUAGAUAUCUUUGAAAUGUGAUUCAUAACAUAAAUGCCAUUGGGGAAGGAAAGAUAUUUGGCGUUGAACCUAAAUGUGAAAAAAUGAUAAUGAGACUCAUCUUUUCUGAGUAAAUUUCUCUUAGCUCUUGAGCUUUUAGGACCUCAUUAACAGCUACUCUGAGUAUGAUGACAUGGAUGGAGAUAUAUUGGAAGAAGAACCUGAUGGAGAAAAGGAUGAAACUUUAAUGGGUGCGAACAUUUUGUCUACCGAAGAUAAAGGAUGGUUAUCUCCUCCAGAUUGCAUAUACAGUAGCAGCUCUGAUGGGGGCAGUGUUUCUGGUGAAGUCAGUCCCUCAAAUGGCUUUGGUCUUGAAGAAGCUUUAGAGCAUCUUUCAAUUAACUCCAACAACGAAGAGGAUGGAGAUCAGAAGGAACGACUUUUUUCCACUGUUACUAAGCACCAAGACAUCUUGCAUACUGGGAUGUAAAAUGAGAUGAUAGUCAAGGAUGAUAGUACUGGUCUUUCUACAGAUGUACACCCUAAUGACCUUAGAGAUGGUGUCUGUUUGGAAAUUAAAUUAUCAGCAGAUUCAGUUCCCAGCAUGCUUAAAGAAGAGAACUUAGAGAUGAAUCUUGAAGGCAAAGAUGAAGCAACCUCGUCAAAUAGAGUUGGACCUGGAGAGGACAGUCAGAACGAUCAACUUAAAAAGGAUGGUGUUCGAGCAAUGAAGGGAACAAUGGGUCGUGGCUAUCUUCCCAAAUUAGCGAAGGAAAGCUAUAUGAAGUAUGACAAAGCUUGAAUUAUGUGAAUUUCUUUGUAAAUAAUGGGUAGUGUUAAUUAAUUUUUUUAGAUCUACUUUGAAUUUUGUAAGAUAUUCAAGUUACGUCGGAUGUUGAAUUUGAAGAUUAUUUUGACUCCACCGGGUGUCUACAAUUUGCUAUUCCAUGAAUACUUCUUUUAUUAUA